GAGCGCCAUGUCCUUCCUCUUCGAGUGGCUCUACAGCGGCCUCAGCGGCGCGCUGCACUUCCUGGGCCUGUACCGCAAGUGCGGCAAGCUCGUGUUCCUGGGCCUGGACAACGCGGGCAAGACCACCCUGCUGCACAUGCUCAAGGACGACCGGCUGGGCCAGCACGUGCCCACGCUGCACCCCACGUCCGAGGAGCUCACCAUCGCCGGCAUGACCUUCACCACCUUCGACCUGGGCGGCCACGAGCAAGCUCGCCGCGUCUGGAAGAACUACCUGCCGGCCAUCAACGGCAUCGUCUUCCUGGUGGACUGUGCCGACCACUCGCGCCUCAUGGAGUCCAAAGUGGAGCUUAACGCGCUCAUGACGGACGACACGAUAUCCAACGUGCCCAUCCUCAUCCUGGGCAACAAGAUCGACCGGCCCGAGGCCGUCAGCGAGGAGAAGCUGCGCGAGAUCUUCGGCCUCUACGGACAGACCACGGGCAAGGGAAACGUGCCCCUGAAGGAGCUGAACGCGCGCCCCAUGGAGGUGUUCAUGUGCAGCGUGCUCAAGCGGCAAGGCUACGGCGAGGGCUUCCGCUGGCUAUCCCAGUACAUUGACUGAGGCCRGAGCGCUGCCCUGCCGGCCUUAUCCCGGCGGCAGCUCCCCACGGACUUGGAGGACACGGGAGGCUUUUCCGACCGCGGACCGGCAUCGACCCGACGCCUCCCGCCGCUCCGGCGCACAGUGGUGACACGGCUCUUUGUCCCGGCACACGGAGACGCCACCAUCCUGCGAUCCCGGGCUCGGCCCUUCCCGCCGUUUCCCAUGGAAGCCGGGGCUUCUGGAGUGACCGGGAGGGCAGGAAGACUCGGCGCCCCCCGCGGGAGUGCGUCUCACCACUGUGGCUGAUUGCCUUCCAAGGAAAACCUGACAAAGCAAUUCUAUUUUUUAAGGGGUCCACGUAAACAGCAUCCCCUCCUUUUAGUUCAACGCUCAUCUUGUUUAGUCCAGAGUCUGUUUAAGGGUUUUUCU